AUAACGUGUAACAUUGUUUGAAAACUUUUUGUCAAAAACGUUUUUGUUUCUUGGUACAAGAUUUUUUGUGCGCUAACGGAAUAAAAAAAGGAAAACCCAACUCAAUAUAUUUUUACUUAAAAAGGUUUCAUUACCUUUCUUUAGUUGUAAAGCGUCGUGAAUAUUGUAAAAGAAAGUAACGCGUUGAUGUCCAUCGUAUGAGUAGAUAGUUUGUUGUUCUCAGUGUCUCAAACACAGCCGGGCUUACAACAUGCCUCGACAGAAACAACUCUCGCGGUUUUUAUUAACCAUCGUAAUAAUAUCAUAUUUGUCUUUUGGGGUGCAUGGAAAAUUAAGAAGUAAAAGAAGUUUAACGGAUGUGAAGUGUCUUGAAAAUGGAAGGUUUUAUAGGAACCCAGACCGAUCAGAGGACACUAUGUGGACUACUGACGAGUGUGCAAAGUACUAUCUUUGCUUGGAUGGCGACGUGUUCGAGUUCCAUUGCUCGCCCGGUUUGAUGUUCGAUGUCAACAGGCAGCUGUGUGACAUGCAACAGAAUGUGCACAACUGUGAUUUAACUAUGGAGACAAGAAUUCCGAAGCCUCUAUUGGAUAUGGCAGACUGCGCCAACGACACACACAUAGGUUGCUCAAACGGCAAAUGCAUACCAGCUGAGUACUUCUGUGACGGCUCCAUCGACUGCACGGACGCCUCCGAUGAAGGCUGGUGUGACGUCAACUAUGAUCCUAACGCGGCGGCACCGUGUGACCCGAACAUGUGCCAACUGCCAGACUGUUUUUGCUCAAAGCAGGGUACUGAGAUACCUGGAAAACUUGUUCCAAGUCAGACUCCACAAAUGAUUACACUAACUUUCGAUGGCGCUGUGAAUCACGAAAAUUGGGACGCUUACACCAAGCAUUUGUUCACACCUGAACGUAAGAAUCCAAAUGGUUGUCCAAUAAAGGGGACUUUCUUCGUUUCACAUCCCUAUACAAAUUACAGACAUGUUCAAAAAUUAUGGAAUGACGGGCAUGAGAUUGCAGUUAACUCUAUAACAUGCCGCGGCCCGGAAGAUUGGUGGUCUAAAAACGCUACUGUUGAAGAUUGGUUCGAUGAAAUGGUCGGUGAAGCGAACGUGAUUAACCGAUUUAGUAGAGUUCACAUGGAAGAUUUCAGAGGUCUUCGAGUACCAUUUUUAUCAGUGGGGUGGAAUCGCCAAUUUCUGAUGAUGCAAGAGUUCGGUUUUGUGUAUGAUGCUACAGUUGUUGCACCCCUAGCUGAUCCCCCGUUCUGGCCUUAUACUCUUGACUAUAAGAUGCCCCACAAAUGUAUAGGAAACAAUCAAUACUGUCCAACAAGGAGUUAUGCAGGGUUAUGGGAGAUGGUGAUCAAUCCUCUGUCUAACGGCGAUCACACCUGCGCCACCCUCGAGUAUUGUCCCUCAACCCUCACUGGUGAAGAUGUGUACAACAUUCUGGUCAACAACUUCAAGAGGCAUUACUUGAAGAAUAGAGCUCCAUUUGGAAUCCAUUUGAACUCAACUUGGUUCAAGAAUAACGAGUAUCUGCAUGCUUUUAAGAAAUUCAUUACUGAGCUAACAAAAGUUCCAGAUGUGUACUUUGUUACAUACAAGGAACUUAUAGACUGGAUUAAGAGACCAACUCCUGUUGUACAACUAAAGAAGUUCCAGCCAUGGCAAUGUAAAGAACGUCAUUUGGAAGAAGCUGAAGUUGCUUGUGCCAAGCCCAACACAUGCAAACUGUCUUCAAAAGUCUUGCAACAUGACAAGUACAUGAUCACAUGUUCAGAAUGCCCAAAAAGUUAUCCAUGGAUCAGAAAUGAGUUUGGUUUCGAUUGAUAUUGUUAGUUUUUAAUUUAUUUACAAUUCACCAGUUACCAAUAUGAUGUAGAAUAAUUAUGAGGAUGGGGACCUGAAGCUUACUAUAUUGACUGACUAUUAAGAAUUGAGUUUUCUUGUUUCAGUUAAACUUAAAAGUAUUAAUUUUAUACUCUGUGUAGCAGUAUUCUA